AUGUUGUGGACAAAACUUACUACGUUAUUAGCCGCUACCAUUGCAUUCUUUAGUGCUACGGUGCCAUCAGUUAACGCUGCUCCUGCUAAUGCUGAGAACAUAGCUUUUGCCAAUUAUCCUGACAUUGUUAAUAAACGAGAUAUAAAUGAAAAUAAUGUAGCUAGAGGGGAAGAUGGUGCAAGGCGUGGUGUACGCGGUGCAAGUCGUCGUUUACGCGGACCAAGUCGUGGACGAAUAGCAAAAGUCAAAAACAACCAAUCCGCAAAUCAAGCAAUAUUAUUAAAAACGAAUAAGGGAUGUAAUGUUAAAGAUAGACGGGGUUCGGAUCCGCCUGUGGAAACUGUACCAAUCCGAAAGUCAAAACAACCCGCUAAAAAUGUGCAGGAGUUGAAUCCUGUGGCUACCUAA